AUGGCUGGGCCGAACACAACAGAUUGGAGCAGGCUUCCUUCCGUAGUUAUCGUGGAAAUUUUCUCAUUUUUGUCGCAUAAAGACAGGAUACAUGCUUCCUCGAUUUGCUCAAGAUGGCGACAGUGCAUAUUUCACCCUUCUUUGUGGAAGAAAUUGGAGUUCAACCUGGAAAAUGAUUACGAGUAUGGUAGAGCCAAUUUCCUGUCUUCCAGGUGCGGCAAUUUUGUGGGAGACUUCACUUUGGAGUGGCCUGACUACCUACUGGAAAACAAGAAAGCCCUGGCCGUAUUACAGAACCUGAGAAGAAACCGAAGACUCCAGAAAUUGUGUUUGCUUGCUUGCAACAGCGACUUCGACGAUGAAACACUGGGCGGAUUCAUCGAUAUUAUAGAAGAAAUAUUACUGAAUUCUAAGAAGUUGAGUUGUUUAUCUUUGGGUUACAUUCCUGAGUUGUGUGAUUCUGAAGUAUUGGAUAGAAUAGGCGACAACUGCAGUACAUCUCUACAUACCUUGCACCUAGCCAGUCUUUUGCCGGAUGAAGCCAUGCAUAAUAUACAACCAUAUUCAUUGCGAGUGUUCAAGAAUCUACAAAUUCUUAGUCUGAACUAUGAUGAUCUUUCCAAUGAUAUGUUGUCUGUUUUGACACAACCAGAUCGUACCAAGCUACAGCAUUUAUUGAUUCUUGCAGAUGGUUUAGGCAGUCACAAGUCUGCUGUAAGUAAUGUGAUGUGGCAGGGGCUUGUUACUCAUAGUCCUAAUGUGAAAGUCACUCUCACUCUCCUGAGCAUACCCUUGACUGAAAUACUUGAUAUUCUAAGACCAAGUCUACCACUGCACACUGUGCGAAUUUUAUACAGUGGAUCAAUUCCGCGAUCUGCAAUAGAUUUUCUUGGUACCUACAACAAUAAGACCUUGGAGGCUGUGUAUUUACAUGAGCAAGUGGAAAGUGAUGAGAUGCCCUACCUGCUAUUUCCUGAUGUGGAAGGAGUUGAAGACCCAUUGGUUAUGCUGGCAUGGAGAUGCGAUCAGCUGUCGUGCCUGUCUAUCAUAGGUUAUGAAAUAAUGGAUGAUAAUUUGAUUGCUAUUGCUCGUUUACGUGGGCCUAAACUAAAGAAACUAGAGGUACUUGCUGACUACAUUGUGGACCAAUCAACAGGAGAAAAUGUAGUUGCAGAGGAAGUGGUCAUGCAGAUUUCCCAAAGUCUUGGUAAAUCUUGGUUGCCUCUGGAAUCUGUAGAGGAGCCUACAUUUCCUGCCAUCUUGAAGUCUGACCUGCAAAUAUUUACAGAGUAAAAUCUGGCCAGUGAAAGAGACAAUUAUAAGAUAAAAGCCAGUCUAAAAUAUCAAAACCAAAUAUCAAAAACAAAGCUAUUUAUGAGCAAGUUCUUUCUGAGCAGGUAAGAUACUUUCAUGAAAACUCAGAGAAGAACUUGCUGAAGAAUCAACAAUACAAUACAUCACUACAUGUAAGCAACAAGUUAGGUCUGAAUAUUUUCAUAAAUUUUUAUUUGACCCUACACCAAUAGCUAUGCAUUUUAAAAGAUUUGUGUGAGGAAACCAAUAAAUAAGUUGCAUUUACACUAGAUUAAGACACUGAAGUAAUGACAUGAAUUUUAAAGCCAGUAUUGAUUUUAUGUUGCUGCUUGAACUGGUGAGGUGCCUUUUUGAUAGCUAUUGGUGUAGGGUUUUGUAUUGCAAUUUUGCUAUCAGAAUUCAAUAAGACUGAACCAUGCGAAGUAAAAGCACAUGUUUAAAUCCUGCCUGUUGGCAGAAAGGAAAACAAGAGGAUAUUUUAAAGUCAUUUACAUCCACUGCCUAUUUGAAAGAUCAUGUAUAGAGUAAAUAAUACUUAUUUCAAGAUUUGGAAGAGAUCCUCGUCUGCUGUGCAGGCUGUUAUUUUAUUAAGUCAUCCUGCAGGUUCAGACCUUUCAUGGAACUGGCACAGCUUUUCAUUAUUGUACAUAAGGAAGGAUUAGAACUUUGAAAAAGACUAUUUUAAGACUGAUAAUGAUCCAUAUGUUAUAUACGGGAACUAAUGAAUUACUUGUACUUAGUUUGUGUUUGUGCAGCCAUAUAAAUUAUAAUGUAUUCUAUUUCACUGGUUGCUGUGAGAGAGUUUGUAAUAUUUGUACAGCUAAGCUACUGUUGCUCUAUGUAUUAUUCAGUUGCAAGAUCAUGACGUUUCAAACUUGUCUUGUAUAUCUUUUUUUUUUGGAAUUAUCAGUCUUUU